UGCAGGAAUUCCUUUGUCUGCAGGCAUGGCACAAAGGUUGUUAUAUUUCACACUGACGUAAAGAUGAAUUACUGUCAUUAAUCAGGCGAAGGUCAAAGAGUGAUCUUAAAGACUGUAGUAGCAGAAAACACCAACAGGAAUCGACGUAAGAUUACAUAGAAGAUCAACUGAUAUACGCCUAUUACUUAGUGGAAAUGGACUUCUGGAACUAGAAUGUGUCGCGGUAGUGAGACCACAGAAGGUGUAGAGGAGACUGAAAAUAAGUUGAAGAAUCCAAAUUAGAUCUUAUCACCGCAGUUUGUGACCUUUGUUUUUUGUAACUGUAUUCAGCAGGUGAAACAAGCUUUUAUUUUGAAAAAAAUAAAACAAUUACACUGCUAAAAAAUUGCCUUAAAACUAUCGGUUGAGAAGUGUUGGAUCAUACUCAAUGAUUCUAAGGAGGCAGUUCCGAGUGGCUGCCAGGAUAUGAGGCAGAUAAGGCCAGUUGUAUCCUCUGUACAACCUAAGUCAUGGACACCUUAGCAGGUGACAAGUGGGAGUUCCGUCAGCAGUUAUCUGCAUAUGAGGAUUGGGAGCUUGGUAAGAUAUAUGAGUACUUCAGAGAAGAUCUUAAUUUCAUUGUGGAAUCGUUGAACAUUACCCAACUCGUUGCUGAACUGCAGUCUCGGACACCCCAAAAUUGGGAGGAUUAUGUGAAAAUGAAAGAAGAUAUUGGAGCUUCUGAAUUCUCGGUGAAGUUAGUUCAGGACAUUCUUCAUGCAGGAAAAGAGGCUAUACUGGGAUUCUGGGAAAGUCUCCAUGUACUAUGCACUGACUCUCCAUCCCCUAAUUUAUCCUCAGUACUGGAUGAGAUCAUUAAGACAGGUGAAAAUCUGGUACAGCAAAUAUUAUUGGAUGAGUGUGGCCACACCUUUAUUCCGGAAAUUAGAGAGAUUCAUGAAUGUCACAAGGAACGCUUACUGAGGACAAAUCAGAAUCUUGUGGAAAAGCAACCCCCCAGGUCUACUUUUGAGCAGCAAAGUUUCAACUUUUCAGAACGUUUUGUAAACCUAGUUGUGGUCUCCAGCAAUCAGUUCAGACAACAUUCCAAGAAUGAGCUAAUUGAGACAGGGAUAAGGCAUGAGAGAUGUUUGUAUACAGCAUCAUGUAGAUUAGAGCAUAUUUCUCCAAACAGACUCUUCCGAUGGUGUCAUCGGUCAGGAUGCGUGCCUCGUAUGGUAAUGAUAAGCGGAGUACCGGGAGUAGGUAAAACCACACUGAUGCAGAAAUUUGUUUACGACUGGGUAAAUGGAAAACACUACCAGAGGUUUUCUUUUGUCUUCUUUUUCAAAUUCCGAGAGCUCAACGAAAUGACUAAGAUCAGCUUGGAAAGUCUGAUCCUACAUGAAUAUCCAUAUCUGCAACCACAGCUUGAGAACAUCUUACAAAACCCAGAACAUGUAUUGUUUAUCUUUGACGGGUUGGAUGAGAGUGUCCACCAAAUGGAUUUCAGGUCAAUUCCACUUUGCUCCAACACAAAACUUGACAGAAGUCUCGGAGUACUUGUGGUCAGCCUGGUAAGGCAGUCACUUCUCAAGGGUUGCUCUGUCUUAAUGACUAGUCGGCCGACCAAACUGGCCUCAAUAGAUCUGGAGGCUUUUCAGCGAGUAUCUGAGAUCAUGGGGUUCUUUUCCAAAGAAAGGCAAUUGUACUUUGAACGUUUCUGUGUAGACAAGAAUGUAGCCAAUAAGAUGUUUCAAUACGUCAAGGAGAAUGACAAUCUAUACACUUUCUGUUACAUUCCAUCCUACUGCUGGAUUAUUUGCACAGUAUUAUCAGCUUGCUUUAAGGGCAAGAAGCUGGCUGCUAAUGACCAGAUCAUGUCCUCAAUGCCCAGAACCGUGACGCAACUCUUUGUAACUUAUAUUGCAAACAUUCUGUUCAAUCACAGCCAGGAGUGGAGUGGUGCUCGCCAACUCUUAUCAUCCAUUGGACGGAUGGCAGAAUACGGUGUUAUGAACCACAUCGUCAUUUUUGAUGAAAAACAUCUGAAGUCAUUUUCUGUGGACAUCCACUCAAAACUUUUAUCAAGUUUUAUGGCAGAAGCUGGUCAACAUCCAGGAGUGACAUUUUCCUUCUUACACCUCACAAUUCAGGAAUUUUUUGCUGCUCUGGUUCAUUAUAUUGACCAUUCUCCAGAGAAGUUACAGAAAUCCCUUAGAGAGGCCAAAUCAUUUGAGGACAACCGCGCUGACCUUUUUCUUCGUUUGCUCUGUGGUCUUUCGGACUUCUCCACUAGUAAGAUUUUCAAGCCGUAUCUGGGGGAACUAUCUUCUGCAACUCCAAAGGUGAUCAUCAACUGGCUCCAGAAUUCCAUUCGUGAGGUUUGGAUGUUAGAUGAGUACAAAGACGAUAACCGACAACUUCUCACUGCUUUUGUGUAUCUUUCUGAGACCCGGAAUAGAGCUCUUGUGUUGGAAUCUCUUGGAUCAAACAAAAGUUUUGACUUUUCCUAUCUCCCGCUUAGUCCUUUGGAUUGUAGCGUGUUUCCAUUCAUUUUGGAAUCAUGCAAAGAAACAAAAAGGCUUAAUCUGGAGUCAAGUGGUAUUCAAAAGGAGGGUUUGGAGAGACUUGAGCAAGCUCUACAUACAGUGGAAGACCUGAGCCUACGAGACAAUAAUUUGAAGGAUGAGGGCAUUAGGACAGUCUGCAAAGUAUUAAAACACCCUUGUUGUAGGAUACAGAAGUUAUGUCUUAGUAGCAAUGGCCUAACACAGAAUUCUUUUGACCAUCUGGCACCUACCAUCUGUAUUAACCAGUCCCUGAGGUCACUUGACCUGUCUUAUAACAAUAUGGAUGGACCUCAACUCAGUGACCUGAUGACAGCUCUCUCCAGUGGAUCUUGCAGGAUAGAAGAGUUACUACUGAAUUGUGCCAACCUAACUCACACUUCAUGCUCUCAGCUGGCAUCAGCAAUAAAAGAAAGCCAAUCGUUGAGGAAACUUGACCUGACUGAUAACAGAUUGGAGGGUCCUCAUUUCUCAGACCUGAUGACAGCGCUGUCCAGUCCCACCUGCAGGAUAGAAGAAUUGGUUUUGAGCUGUGAUGGCAAAAAAAUGGACAGUUCCUGCAUCCAACUGGACUCUGCCAUAUGUUCCAGCCAAUCUCUGAGGUCUCUGAAUUUGUCAGGAAGCUGUCUGAUUGGUCCUCUGUUCACUAGCUUAAUGAAAGCUCUUUCCAGCCCGUCGUGUAAACUCCAAGAAUUAAUAUUGAAGGAUAGCAAAUUAACAGACAGGUCCUCUUCACAGCUGGCAUCCGCAUUAAGUCAAAAUCAGUCUCUCAGGAAACUUGACCUGUCCUAUAACCACCUGGUUGGUCCUCACUUCAGUGACCUAAUAACAGCUAUGUCCAGUCCGACAUGCAGGAUAGAGGAACUACAGCUGGAGAAGGUUGGGAUGACCAAUGAACACGCCCCAUUGCUUCUUUCACUGAAGAACAAUAAGAGCCUCUCAGUCCUGAACGUAGGACGGAAUUCUUUUGGGGAAAAUGCGCCCAGCAAAAUCGCAGACCAGUUACUGGGGAACCUAAAAGAGCUUCGAAUUGCUUUCAGUACACUGCAUGGAAAGAAAGCUGGGAGGCCACAGACUGGAACAGAAGAUCUCCUUUAACACUGACAGGCUGUCAGUUUUCUUUAUUGCAGCCAAUACAUUAAAGCAGAACUCCAGCCAAAAAUAGAAAGAUAACAAUGACCCAUUAAAACCAACUUUUGUUACGAUUUUCAACUUCAAUCCAGAGAUUUCCCCUGCAGUAUUUUUUUUUGUCUGCCACUAGAUGUCCCCAGUCUGAUGGCAAACAUCAUCCAACCCUCUUCCUCUGAGACCAGGUCAUCCUGGAUUCACCUCCACCCUGUGACUGGACAGUGAAUGGAGAAAAAGCAAAGUAAUUAGCUCAUCUCUCCAUCACCCUGCUUUCUCCUCCUAUCAGCAUGCUUUUUGUUAGCACAUACAUUGAUUGGAUCCUUGUGCUGCAUCUUUCUUCGACACUCCAGCCUGCAGGAGGCUGAUACCAGGUCAAAUUCAGAUA